AUCCCCUCUUUGAGACAUCAAACACUUGAACAAGUAGCACUUGCAUAGUUGCAUUUGCAUUUCUUUUCACAGCUCCAAGGUCAACAAAACCCUAAAAAAACCCAAACAAGAUGAAGCAACUAAUUUCCUUCUCAUUUUCUCUUGUUCUACUCUCCCUCCACUGCACCCAAACACUAUCCCAGCCACCAAAUGCAGCACCAGCAAAAGCACCUGCUGCAGCCACUGCGCCACCACCAGCUGCAACGUCUGCUCAAGCCUCGCCACCUGUUAUGGUUCCUGUACAAGUUUCAAAAGGCCCUGUCAAUGUCAUUAAAAUCCUCCAGAAGGCUGGCCACUUUGCAUUCUUCACCCGCCUUAUAAAAUCCACUCAAGAGGACAUCCAAUUAUUCUCCCAGCUCAAUGACUCGAGAGAUGGGGUCACCGUCUUUGCCCCAACUGAUGGUGCCUUUUCGGUCAUUAUCAAAUCUGGUGUUCUUAACUCCCUAACUGAUCAUCAGAAGAUCGAGUUGGUACAAUUUCAUAUAAUACCAAGAAUUCUGACAACUGCUAAUUUUCAAACAGUCAGCAAUCCUAUAACAACAUUGGCAGGAUCCGGUAAUCGUUUCGCACUUAAUGUGAUAACUACAGAAAAUAUGGUGAAUGUAACUACGGGACUUACCAAUACAAGCGUAUCGGCAAUUGUAUACACAGAUAGCCAGCUUGCUAUUUAUCAGGUUGACAAGGUGCUACUUCCUUUAGAUAUUUUUGCCCCUAAACCUCUUGCUCCUGCACCAGCACCACCAAAGCCUAAAAAGGAUGAUGGUGCAGAGAAUCCUAUGGUUCCUGAAGAUACUUCUGGCUCAGUAAUAUGCAUGGUGCAUAAUACUCUGCUCAUGUUUGGAGUUGGCUUAGUUGCUGCUGCUCUUCCUUUGUGACCCUCGAGUUUUGACAAGGUAUCUUGGGGUGUGGUCAUUUCUUCACCAGUGGCUCAUGAUUUUGCUGGUUACAAUGAACGGUCGUGUUCAACAGUUUAAAUGCUUUGAAAAAUUGUCAUAUCCACUCAAUUUUACUCGUUUUGUGAAUAACAGUGCAUUUAAUUCAGUAUUUUUAUUGUUCA